UCACGCACCUACAGUCUCACACACAGGAACAGCAGGCAGGACGGAAAACAAGGUGACUCCUGCAGAAGCCGUUCAAGCAGAGCCGGAUCAGUAAACAGUUUGGUGUCUAUUGACACAGCUUUAUCUGGGACCCCAGAGACAUCAUGUCAGGGGACGGUAGUCAGGGUGACAAAACCCAGUGCAAUGGAGUCAAAAAUCACAGGUCGGCUCUUCCCGCUGCAAUGUUCUCACGAAACAAUGUCAGCAUGUGGAGCGUUCUCAAAAAAUGCAUUGGGAUGGAACUUUCUAAAAUCACAAUGCCGGUGAUUUUCAAUGAGCCUUUGAGUUUUCUUCAGAGAUUGACUGAAUACAUGGAGCACACGUACCUCAUCCAGAAGGCCAGCGCUUCACAAGACUCCAUCCACAGAAUGAAGUGUGUGGCAGCUUUCGCGGUGUCAGCUGUGGCCUCACAGUGGGAGAGGACGGGAAAACCCUUCAACCCUCUGCUCGGAGAAACCUACGAGCUGCUCAGAGAGGAUCUGGGCUUCAGAUGGGUCUCUGAGCAGGUCAGUCAUCAUCCGCCGGUCAGUGCCUUCCACGCCGAGGGCAUAAAGAACAACUUCAUGUUUCAUGGCUCCAUUUACCCAAAGCUCAAGUUCUGGGGAAAGUGUGUGGAGGCUGAACCGCGUGGAAUCAUCACCCUAGAGCUUCCUCUCCACAACGAAGCCUACACCUGGACCAACCCGACCUGCUGUGUUCACAACAUUAUCAUGGGACAACUGUGGAUCGAGCAAUAUGGAAAUGUCGAAAUUAUUAAUCAUAAAACUGGGGAAAGAUGUUGUUUGACUUUCAAGCCGUGUGGCAUCUUUGGAAAAGAGUUGCAUAAAGUGGAAGGAUACAUUCUUGAUAAAAGCAAAAAAAAGAUCUGUGCUCUGUAUGGCAAGUGGACGGAGUGUUUAUAUUCUGUGGACCCAGCGGCAUUUGAAGCUCACAGGAAGUGUGACACGAAGCGCUCUGAGAAGGACAGGAAGGGAAGCACACAGAGUAAUAGCGCGGACGAGGAGCCGGAUGAAAUGCCUCCUCCAGAGGCCGAGACGGUGCAGGUGAUUCCAGGAAGUGAGCUGAUCUGGAGGAUAUCACCACGACCUGACAACUCAGGGAAAUACUAUGCGUUCACAUCCUUCGCUCUGCAGCUGAAUGAGCUGGAUGGAGACAUGCAACGAGCUCUUCCACAGACGGACUGUCGUCUGAGACCUGAUAUCAGAGCCCUGGAGAACGGACACAUAGAUGCAGCCAGUGCAGAGAAGAACAGACUGGAGGAGAAACAGCGAACAGCCCGGAAAAAUCGCUCCAAAUCAGACGAGGAAUGGAAAAUAAGGUGGUUUCAUCAGGGGCCGAACCCUUACACCGGGGCCCCAGACUGGCUUUACAAUGGAGGCUACUGGGACAGAAGCUACUCACACCUGCCUGACAUAUACUGACCUCAAACUACUGGAGACAUCUGGGGAACGAAGCGUCCUGUGCUCUGGAAAAGCACGGGGAGCUUGCAUUUCUAUAUUAUUCUAUAAAUGUGUAAAUGAUUGUCUGUUUUGGUGCUACGCCGUGAUUAUGAUGACACAGUUGUGGUCGGCAUUACAUACAGAAAAAGCACGAGAUCUAACCUGAGCUUUAUCUUAUAGUAGUAUUAAUUUAUAUAAAGCAUACUCAAAUAUGAUAAUAGAUGUGUGAGAUGUGUGUAACGUCAUACGUAAUUUGUACAGUGUUGUGCAAAACAUUUGUUACAUUUAAACAUGAAACAUUGUAAUUUUUAUGGAAACUUGUCAACAAUUAAUAAGGAUUAAUUUCAAACUAGACUAGAAGUAGAACGAUAGUGUUUUAUUACACAGCUAGGAUGAUAUAACAUGAAUAUUAUUAUUAAUAUGUGCAUUAUACAGCUGCACCUUGAAAAAUGCAUGUUGUCACAUAAACACUAUUUUUGCCACAUGACGUUUUUAAUGUUG